AUGCCGGGGGGUGGCUCUGGGGGCGCCCGUCUAUUGGCAUCUGGCUGGGACCAAGGCGCUGGGGCAGACAAAGAGCACAUUCAGCCGGCGCUACUGGCAUCCUGGCUGCCCCCAAGCACCGCAGCCAGCAGCCCUCUCCCAGGCUUAGCUGGGGUGCCGCGCCAGCCCCCGUCCACCCGCCCUCGCCCCGUUUUCCUCUCCCUCGACGGCCUCAGACACACCAACGACACUGAAGGCGACGGGUCGCAGCGCACAGCGGCCACGACGCCGCGAGAGACCGACUCUCUCUCCUCCCCUCCUCGCCAGCCCCCAUUCCUCGCCGUGCAGCUGCCCUCGCGCCGCCCUCCCAGCACCAUCGCUCUGCCAGCCCGCUCAAGCCAGCCUGUCCGUCGCCCACAGCGAGUCGACGAGCAGACGCGCCCGCCGACAGGACCCGCCGACCUGUUGCGGUCCCAUCUAGCCAUCGCCAGCUAA